AUGGCUGCUAUCAACAAGAUCGCCGUUAACUCGCCGUCGAGGCAGAACCCCUCCGAGCUGGAGACCGCGAUUGCUGGCGCUCUCUUCGACUUGGAGAGCAACACAACCGACCUCAAGGCUAACCUCCGCGCCUUGCAGUUCGUCUCUGCUCGUGAGGUCGAGGUCGGCCACGGCAAGAAGGCUAUCAUUGUCUUUGUCCCCGUCCCCUCUCUCCAGGGCUUCCACAAGAUCCAGCAGCGUCUCACCCGUGAGCUCGAGAAGAAGUUCUCCGACCGCCACGUUCUCUUCGUUGCUCAGCGCCGCAUCCUGCCCCGCCCCAAGCGCUCUGUCAACUCCCGCUCCAACCAGACCCAGAAGCGCCCUCGCUCGCGCACUCUGACCGCUGUCCACGACGCCAUCCUCUCCGACCUCGUCUACCCCGUCGAGAUCGUUGGCAAGCGUAUCCGCACCAAGGAGGACGGCUCCAAGACCACCAAGGUUGUUCUCGACGAGAAGGAGCGCGGUGGUGUUGACCACAGACUCGAUGCCUACGGCGAGGUCUACCGCCGUUUAACCGGCCGCUCGGUCGUCUUCGAGUUCCCCCAGAGCGCUGGUGACUUCUAG